AUGGUGAAAUGUUCUAGGAAGAGUAUCUCGCUAACGGACCUAUGGAUUUCUACACACGACAAGCUAAGCGACUUCCACUUGUCGUCAUGGCAGCGGGGCGAGUCACCAGUUCCCAUGUUGGCGGUGAGACUGGUGCUGGCUGCGGUAGCUACUGGCAUCCUUAUUUGGUCUAUGACCAACGUCAGCCCUUACUGGCUUAUUUACCUCACUAACUGGGGGCUAUUACUGGUGACCUUGGCUACGUUGAGCGGACUCGUCGUCUCCGUCCUGACAAUUUGCACGACCGUUUCCGAUGGUGCUGAACUGCCGUGGUUCGUUAGCAUGUACUGGUUCAUGUACAACAUCGCAACAAGCAUUGCCGUCAUGAUCACCGCUCUCUAUUGGAUCCUACUCUAUGACCCAGAACAAACGCAGUAUGAGGACCCGAGCGGAUUUUGGCUCGACGUCGCGACGCACGCUCUCAACUCGUGCAUCAUGGUAAUCGAACUGGUGGCGUCCAGGACACCCGUGCGUUUGCUCCAUUUCUACCAACCUCUGGGAAUCGGGCUGUGGUACGCGGCCUUUUCUGGCGUGUACUACGCGGCGGGAGGCACUGACAGUAACAACAACCCGUUCAUAUACGAAGUAUUAGAUUGGCGGCAGGGUGGCCGAGCGGGCGUCAUGGUGGGUGCUUCCGCUGCCGGCUUGAUAAUCGUUUACAUUUUAGUAUGGGGCGUAUCACUCUGCAGAGAAAAGCUCUCCUUGGCAAUAGUUCGCACGACUAGUCACAACCUGCCCUUAGUCCCAGCCGACUCCCUUACGCGGAUCGCU